AUGGCAUCCGAAGAUAUUCAGUGCCUAUCUGUCGCCGAUAAGAGGAGCACCCAGCACAAAGGCACCGAAAAUCUUGCCAUCCACAACACUUUCAUCCGUUGUUCGUUAGCCCUUCUCACAUUGAAAACCACGGCCAGAUUUAACAUGGAUGGGCGUAAUCGCGCCUACUUUUUGGUGGAAAGGAGCCAUGGUGAUGAGAUACCAACGGUAUGGAAGAAGCUAUCCGAAGAGUCUCGUGACAAAGUCUGUGAACAGUUAAAGCAGGUGGUGCAAGAGAUGCGCUCGCUGAAACCGCCGCCCCAGACAGGAGUCCAGAGCUGUAGCGGCGGAUCAUUACGUGACUCUCGAAAUCCACGCUCCUAUCCACGUUUCGGCCCAUUCAAGACGAUCAAGGAUUUCCAUGUUUGGCUUAGAGACGGUGUACAGCUAUCCGAGGCCGAAGACCGAGAAACGACCCAGACCGGCAGGAUAUUCGAGAUACGAUGA